CUGAAAGUAAUCAUAUUUUGUGAAAUCGUGAUAUACCUUAUUUUUCUUAGUUCUUCACCAAAAUCAUGUUGUUCAAAUUGUUGAACAUCUUCGUAGCACUCCUCCUGGUACAGGCUGCCUGGAGCGCUCCGUCUUACGAUGAAGAAACUUCUCAAGAAGUCGAGUCCAACUCGGUGUCGUACUAUGAUCCGUACACCGGAACUGAACUAGACGUAGACACGAGCGAUUCCAUUCUUGCAAUGAUACAACAACGUUCGCUAUGUAAAAGUGAACAGAACGCUUAUGCCUGUUGCGUCGGUGUUCAUAUCAAAAGUAUGAAAGCUUCAUUAUGCGCAAAACUUGUCAACGGUAACGAGCCUAAGGUUGAGAUAACCGCAAACGGAAAAACGAUCUUCUCGCAUGCCGCGAAAGCGAACUUGCCCGAAAUGUGUGGUGACCUGUUCAAAGCAGUAAAAGUUUGCGAACAAUCACAAGUGUCUGUUGAUACCAAUGGUUUACGGGUUUGCGCAAACAUCAGACUUAAAUACGCUAUGCUCUUUAAGAGUCACAUAAAAAUCCCAUGUUUCCAUGUUGGAAAACAUGGAAUCUCCGUGGAAAGCUUCGCACUGCCAGAGAAUGAGCAGGUAAUGGAAUCGAAAACGUACGAAGAAAUAGAUUUCCAGCAGUAGACUCUGAGCAAUCUGGAUUAUAACAACUACAUUCCAACGUUAACCUCCGAGCAAGAGGCAUAAAUUGGCCAAUUAAAAAUAUGAAUACCAGAAACGAAUUAAUAUCGGUGUAAAAUUAUAUUAUUAAGUAUAAAAUUGUAACAAUUUUAUUCGUUGAUUUAAACUUAUCACUAUAACGUAUAAUAAAGUUGAAUGAAAUCAGAAUACCUGUUAUCGUUUCUUAUUACUUGUACCAAGCCAGUAUAUCGAAUCAAACUACGCGAUAAAUAAAUGAUGUCCUAUAAAAACCUUGACACGAGCUAUGAUUUUUUUUUUUUAUAGCAUGCACUCUCAAUCUUUCGUGUGCCGAUAGCUCGUCGCUUUUUUUCCUUAAUCGGAUUACGACGGCGAUCCAGUAGAAAAUAAAAUGUGUGCGACCAGUACGAAGUAAACCUAAAUUUCUCCGUAAAACGAGGUCAGAAUGAAAUAUCCGUUAACUGACCAGUCGAGUGUCGAACGUUCAACAAGGAGUACUAUCCAUCUCACGAAGAGAUGUUCUUCCGCAGUCAUUGAAUCCGGCAUCGUUAAGGACGCGAGAUGAGGGCUGCCUGUUUGCUACUCUUCUUCGCUGUUCUUUGCAUUCAAAGCUCCUUGCAACGGAUUAACAAGAGAGCUUCUGAUUCGGAGAGAACGUUAGAAACAUCCGUAGACAAUGACAUAUUGGAUCUUGCGAAAAACGGCGAUUCCAAGAAGAAUGAAGAAAAUUGGAAUGCAAAGAAAUUACAACAAUUGUUAAAACAAGUGACGAAUUCUACGUCGAACACCACAACUCAGGUGACCGCUACGAGACAAGGUCCUUGCCAAUGCGGAGGAGGUGUCUGCGGUUGUUGCUCUAGAAUUUUAUUCGACACUUGGAAACAGAAAGCAUGCGUGAAUGUGACGUACGAUCCGGAUGAGUUUAGCUUUACCGCGAAGAUUUCGAUGAAUAAUAGAGUUCUGUAUACAAGAACCAUAUCUGGAAAGAAUCCUCGGCCAAUAUGUGUGCCAGUGCCACGAAUUCCAAUCGUUAAAGCGUGUGUUCGAUUUUAUAACAUCUAUUUCCAGGGCAGGAAUAUUCAUACGUGUAUAAAUAUGGAGGGGAAGUUUCAAGAUUUCACGAUAUUUAAGGUCGGAUUAGAUUGCAUUAGAUUCGGUGUAAACGGUUUGGCUCUGGUAAAGCCAGAGGACGGAGGUGGAUUAGGUCAAAUAGAAUUCUUGCCAGGUGAUGACGAUGAUGAGGAUGAAGACGAUUAUGAUUACGACGACGACGACGACGAUGACGACGAUUUACUUGAUUUCUGAGGAAACCUAAGAUUCUGUUCGUGACAGUCGCGAAGGACUUAAUAGUACAAUUACGCAUUCCUACUGCCAUUGCAUGGCAGCAAUCAUUAUUUAUUAUAUUUUCUUUUUAUAUUUAAGAGCGUAACGCAACGAUCUAUUCGUAAACUAAUCGUCUGAAGAUUGUCAACGAGUUCGGUCACGUUUUAUAAAGUAACUACGUCGUUCGAAACAUCGAAUUAACUGCUGAAUAUCGUAAUGUACAUUAUCAAGAGACGAAUAAAUAGAUGUAUUUGAAA